CAGUUCGAAAGCCUCCCUCCCUCCCCGUUCUCCCUUCCUUGCCUAGGCGGCAACGCAACACCCCCCCGUGCUUUAUUAUAACCCAGCGGCCCCUCCCGCAUGAGGCAACCGAGACGGGACGAGUCCAGCAGCCGGCCACCAGCCCAUCCGAACCCUGCUGCCCCCCUCUCCGGGUUCGCGUGAGGCUGUGUGCUGCUGGGAGGAGGGAGGGGGAAGCGGCGGCGGGGCGCCAUGGAGGCCGAGAAGAAGGCGCCGGCGGUGUCAGACGUGGGCGCGUGGGCGAUGAACGUCGUCAGCUCCGUCAGCCUCAUCAUGGCCAACAAGCAGCUCAUGUCCUCCUCCGGCUACGCCUUCGCCUUCGCCACCACGCUGACCGGGUUCCACUUCACGGUCACGGCGCUCGUCGGGUGGAUCUCCAACGCCACCGGCUACUCCGUCUCCAAGCACGUCCCGCUCUGGGAGCUCGUCUGGUUCUCUCUCGUCGCCAACACCUCCAUCACCGGGAUGAACCUCAGCCUCAUGCUCAACUCCGUCGGCUUCUACCAGAUCUCCAAACUGAGCAUGAUUCCGGUGGUCUGCCUCAUGGAAUGGGUGCUGAACAGCAAGCACUACACCACCAAGGUCAUCUCGGCGGUGGUUGUCGUGGCCGCCGGUGUCGGGAUUUGCACCGUCACGGAUGUCGAGGUCAAUGCCAAGGGGUUCAUCUGCGCUUGCGUGGCAGUGUUCUGCACGUCGCUUCAACAGAUUACAAUUGGUUCCUUUCAAAAGAAGUACAACAUUGGGUCAUUUGAGCUGCUGAGCAAAACUGCACCAAUCCAGGCAAUUUCACUCAUUAUACUGGGCCCCUUUGUGGACUACUAUCUAAAUGGACGGUCAUUGUUGAACUACCCUUUUUCGGGAGGGGCAACUUUCUUCAUCUUGCUUUCCUGCUCCCUGGCCGUCUUCUGCAACAUGAGCCAAUACCUCUGCAUCGGCCGGUUCUCAGCGACCUCGUUUCAGGUCCUGGGCCACAUGAAGACCGUGUGUGUGCUGAUCCUCGGCUGGAUCCUGUUUGACUCGGCCCUCACCGUGAAGAACAUCCUCGGGAUGCUGCUCGCCGUGAUGGGCAUGGUGGUCUACAGCUGGGCCAUGGAAGCGGAGAAGAAGGUGGCAGCCCCUGUCCCCCGGAUCAAGAGCGAAAUGCUCGACGGGGAGGACGUACCCCUCAAGGCCAGGGUGAGCGGCGUGCCCGCGGUCGACCUCGAGGACGGCGAGAUGAAGAGCUAGCUGCCGCCGCCGCCGCUGAUUCGUUCAUUCUUCUUGUUCUUUUGUAACUGUGCGCGCGCGAUCGCUCGAUCCAAAGUUGCUUGUCCGUCAGCUCUCAGCUAUCGACACUACACUGUUAAUUUUGGCCCCUUGUUGGGGAGAGUCCAGUUCCUAGGUGACGACGACCACCCCCAGUUCGGCGUAGAUCAAACACACACUAGCAGAAUGCAGAUUUUUAGGAUUUUUUCAGGCGGCGGGGUGGAUCCAUUCAUUGUCAUGUUGACAAGACUCAUAAUAGAAAUACAGGUAACAUAUGU